UGUCCCUAGAAUCUAGAAUCUGCAAAAUAUAAAAAAAAAAUAUAUUAGAGGGAUCAUAAAAAUUGCACUUUUUUUUUAUUUAGUACUGCCCUGAAUAAACUAUUUCACAAAACAGAUCUUUACAUAUAGUCCACAAGAAUAAUUAACAUGAAUCACCCAUUUCAAAAGCUGACACCCUUCAUUCUUUUGGAUUGGAUGAUCCAAAUAUUGUCGGAUAUUGUUAUUAUUUUGUCUUCCGGAUAGUAGAAGAUCCUUGCUAGGUUUCAGUAAUAAUUGCAUUUAAAUGUCUAUUUAUGAAUCUUGACCCUUCAUUCUUUUGGAUUGGAUGAUCGGUGGACAUUGUUGUUAUUUUGUCUUCCGGAUAGUAGUAGAUCCUUGCUAGGUUCCAGUAAUAAUUGCAUUUAAACGUCUAUUUAAACGUUCUGAUUUUAAAGAGAGGGAGAGACUGGAGUGUUGGCUGAGAGAAAGUACCUUAUCAUGGAUUUACCGGAGUUCCAAGUCUGCCUGGGCACAGUAUAAAUAAGGCUGGGUUAUUCCCCAUCAGCAUUCACUUGCCAUUGCUUAAUCCAGCAGCAGGAUGUGGAACAUCAGUGAAGUCGCUCUUCAACUCCCAACUUCCACAGCUUCAGACCGUCUCCUCCAGCCCCUGUGGGACUACCUGUAUCAUCAGCACUACAGCCAGGUCUCGUCUCCGUUCUUCCCAGUGCUGCUCGCCUUCUCCAGCUACUUCAUCUUCAGUGUCCCCUUCACGCUCCUGGAUGUCCUAGGAGAGAAAGCUCCUCUUUUUAAGUACAAGAUCCAAAAGGAGCGGCGUCCCACCGUCGGCAUGAUGCUGAGGACUCUGGGGACGGCGGUGUACAAUCAUCUAGUGUUUGUUCUGCCGGCUGUGUUGAUCACUAAUGUGGUGAUGCCUGCGCCUCCACUUCCAGCAGUUGCUCCGACAGUAUGGGAGCUGUUCUCAGGCGGGUUGGGGGCUUUGCUCGUCUUCGACGCCCAGUACUUCCUCUGGCACAUGGUGCACCACAAAAACCCUCUCCUGUACAGAUGGGUCCAUGCCAUCCAUCACGAUUACACCUCGCCGUUCUCCUGGUCCACACAGCACCUGAGCGGCGUGGAGCUGAUGACGGUGGGCUUCUGGAGUAACAUCGAUCCCAUCCUGCUCAAGUGCCAUCCUUUGACCGUGUGGACCAUCACAGUCUUCAGCAUUUGGAUGUCCGUGGAAGACCAUAUCGGCUACGACCUGCCAUAUUCUCCUAGCCACAUGGUUCCUUUUGGGCUUCUUGGAGGGGCGAUGGCCCAUGACACGCAUCACCAGAAACCCAGCAGCAACUUUGCACCUUUCUUUAGUCACUGGGACAGACUUUUCGGCACCGCCGUAACAGUGAAACGGACUCAUAAAAGCGAUAGAGAACAGUAGACUGUUUCAUUGGUUUUAAACCUUUAAUCAGUGUAAAUAUAAUACAUUUUACUACUUGUAUAAAUCUUGUACUUCUGUCUGCAAUAAAAACAAAUGUUUGUAUAUAUCAUUGUGCGUCUUGGAGAGAGGUUUGGGAUCAUUGAAUUUGCUGUCCAUUUGUCUUAUGAAAGUAUUUGUUAUUUAUGUACAGUAGCA